AUGGCCCCUUCUAUCCGAGUGUCGGCAACCCGACCGUCCAGCACGCCGACUAUAACCCCCCGAUUCUCAUUAUUCUUAUCGAUCCUCCUCGUGCUUCCUUCUAUUGUCGUGGCCUUGGCUUUGCCACCGGUUGCUCGAUCGGAGCUGGAUGACACGAUCUCUCACCUGCUGAGUGGAGAGAUCGUCGGCGAUGAUCUCCAGGAUGUAUCCCAUUCUCCACCGCAAAAACGUGCUCGACAGGAUCAGGAAAUUCUUGAUGUCGUUCUUGAGAUCGACCCCAGUAUCAACAGCAGGGCAGCCUCGCUACCGAUCCUCAUCGCAUCGGCCGACCACAAUGACCUAUUAGAAGACGAGGAGGAGGACCAACCGUCUAGUCCAAUCCGACGAUCUACCGACCAAUCCAUACCCACGCCCAUGCCAUUCGAUACUAAUACGGGCUCCAAUUUCACCUCUGAAACCUGCGAGCGCUUUGUCGACGACUUUCUUUCCAAUUCCACCUUCACCAGCUGCCAUGCCAUAUCCAUGCUCAUGCGCAACUCUUACUCUUUCUUUCAGACCGUCCGCUCCGCCACAGCCACCUCGCACGUCUUGGACCUCGCCUGCGGUGCCGACUUCAACAAAUGCUCAGCGUACAUGGCCGAUUUAGCCACCCGCCUCCGGAAGAAGGACGCCUGUGGCGUGGACUACGCAGCCGGGAACAAUAUUGUCCAACAGGCCUAUACCAACAUGAUCGCCUACGAGCCCAUCUACCGUGCCACGUGUCUCAAGAACCCCAGCACCUCAGAUUACUGCUUUGUUGACGCCGCGACCAACACCUCCAACUCCGCCGACUAUAACGUCUACUUCCUCCCCUUCGGCAGCCCCAUCUCCGGCAAGCCCUAUCCCACCUGUAACGCAUGUCUCCAAGCCUCCAUGGAUGUCUUCGCCCAGUGGGCCCAGAAAGACGGCCAGCCCCUUGUUAACUCCUACCUCCCGUCUGCCAAGGCAAUCAACAGCCAAUGUGGAGCCAACUUUGCAUCCGUCAAUGUCACGGUGGGCGUGGAUAAAGCCGCUUCAUCAGGUGCAUCGUGGACCACCGUCCAACCGGAUCUAUCUCUCCAAUAUAUCAUCGCCCUCACUAUGGGUGUGAUCUACCUGGGGUUUUUCUAA